UUUUCUCCUGCAUUUGGUGGGUGUUCACUCUCACUAGGACAUCUUUCGAGGAUACUUAUGGUGGGAUUCGGGGUGGGGUGCAGAGAAGGACGUUGCAAAGGCACGGACUGCAGGGAGAAAUCUGUGCAGCUGCGCCCCAGGGGUGUCCUGGGCCCCUGGGCACGGGGAAGGGGACCACUUGCAGUUUGACUGGCCAAUACUGAUUUCCCACCAUUCAAGAAUUUUCUCAAGAAAUACGGCUCCCAGCUAGAGUGAGGCCUGCGUACUGCCUUGGCCCAGGAUGGCCAGAGAAUCGAAGGAAAGCGCAGCCCUGGACCCCCAAUCUGCAGAGGACUUAACGGAGAUCUUGACUGUGAAGGUGGAGACGGAGGAAGCCUCCGCCUUGGCUGAAGAGGUGGGCGCACCCGGCAGCCCCGCUCCGGGCCCUGAGCGCUUGCGCCAGCGCUUCCGGGGCUUCCGCUACCCCGAGGCCGAGGGGCCCCGCGAGGCGCUGAGCCGGCUCCGGGAGCUCUGCCGACUGUGGCUGCGGCCUGAGAUGCACAGCAAGGAGCAGAUCCUGGAGCUGCUGGUGCUGGAACAGUUCCUGACCAUCCUGCCGGGGGACCUGCAGAGCUGGGUGCGGGAGCAGCAUCCGGAGAGCGGGGAGGAGGUGGUGGUGCUGCUGGAGUAUUUGGAGAGGCAGCUGGGAGAGCCGAUGCCGCAGGUCCCAGGUGGUGACCAGGGGCAAGAACUGCUCCGUUGCAAGAUGGCACUGUUGGCACCAACUCAGAGGUCACGAAGUACCCAGUUCCAGCCGAUGAAGGCUCUGCUCAAGCACGAAUCUCUGGGAUCCCUGUCCUUACCAGGCAGGGCUCUCCAGGUUCCUGGGCUUGCCCGGGGAGGGCGCUGCAGAGAAGAUGCAGUGGUAGCUGCCAGGCUCUCCCCAGAGUCCCAGGGGCUGCUGAAAAUGGAAGAUGUGGCUCUGACUCUCUCCCCUGGAUGGACCCAGCUGGGUUCACCUCAGGUGAACUUCUACAGAGGUGAAAGGCAGAACUGCGGCAGCCUCAUCUCCCUGGGUGGUAAAAUACAGACUAAGAUCAGAGACUUGCCUCCAGAUGAGGAACAUCCACAACAGAAGCCUGGGGAAAUACCGUGCCACCCGGGUGAAGCCACUGCCCAGACUCCUACAUGUGCAGAAGCUGGUGAACAGGAGGGCAGGGUACAAGGAAAGCAGAAAAAUGCCACAGGGAGGAGGCGGCACUAUUGUCAUGAAUGUGGAAAGAGUUUUGCUCAGAGCUCAGGCCUGACUAAACACAGGAGAAUCCACACUGGGGAGAAACCCUAUGAAUGUGAAGACUGUGGCAAGACCUUCAUCGGGAGCUCUGCCCUCGUCAUUCACCAGCGAGUCCACACUGGUGAGAAACCAUAUGAGUGUGAAGAAUGUGGCAAGGUCUUUAGUCACAGUUCCAACCUUAUCAAACACCAGAGAACUCACACUGGGGAGAAGCCCUAUGAGUGUGAUGAGUGUGGGAAGACCUUCAGCCAGAGCUGCAGCCUCCUCGAACAUCACAAAAUCCACACCGGGGAGAAGCCAUACCAGUGCAGCAGGUGCGGCAAAGCCUUUAGGCGGAAUUCACAUCUCCUGAGACACCAGAGGAUCCAUGGGGAUAAAAAUGUUCAGGAUCCCAACCGUGGAGAGACCUGGGAGAGUCAGAGUAGGAUGGAAAGCCAGUGGGAAAAUGUUGAGACUCCUGUGUCUUAUAAAUGUAACGAGUGUGAGAGAAGUUUCACUAGGAGUAGAAGCCUUAUUGAACAUCAAAAAAUCCACACUGGUGAGAAACCCUUUCAGUGUGAUGCAUGUGGAAAAGGUUUCACCCGAACUUCAUACCUUGUUCAACAUCAGAGAAGCCACGUUGGGAAAAAAAUUAUGUCACAGUAACCCAUGUCUUAUCUGCCAAAGUUGGUGCUCAUUCCUGUUGAAUUGAAGCCACCCUGGAGCCCUUCCUGACUACAGAAAUGGUGGGCUGGGCUUAAUUUACCACUACACAUCAUCAGGUGUUUGUUACAAAAGAUAGAGUCUGGCUGAGAUGAAUUAUCUUCUGCAUGCUAGAAGGUAAUUAAAACAACCUUGUUUGAUAGGAGGCUAUGGGAGAGUUGUCUGGAAGACGUAGGACCUGAAAUGGUUUGUUCUCCCCUAUUGGACUUAAAAGGGCUUCCAGACUGGCUCCUCACCCUCAGCCAGCACUUUAUGACGUCUCUUGGGUGGAUGGCUCUGAUUUGGGGACUGCUGCUCUGACUAUUCAUUUUGCCUAUAAUGAGUCCUUCACUAGUUAGUUGGAUCAAUGACGUCUUGUACCCCGCAUUGUGCCUUGCAUAUAGGUGCUAUAAACAUUUAUUAAAUAUACCAGUGAAAUGACCUUCAUAGCUCUGAACAUCUAAUGUUGUCUAGAUUUCUGAGGACUUUCUAACUAAGGCCAUUUGCAUUUAUGUCUAAUUCUCUGAGGUUCUAGAUUCUGGGUCAAUCUAAUGUAUUUAUUGCCAAGUACAUAAGACAGUCAGAGUUGGGGUGGAGGAAUCCAUAUUUCUUCACCAGCAUAGUACUUAUGGUAAGAAUGCCUUAAACAGCUCCUUCAUCAUUAAGACAUCGUGCGACUGUUCCAUCCAGACAACUCCAUCCUUUAGUCAACGUUAAUCACGUUAGUUCACAUUAAUUUUGCUAUACUUUAGGGGGAAAUCUUUCACAUUCAGGUAAAUAAAAAUCAACUUAUGAUGUCAGAUCAAAAUGCUUAUGAAUUUUGAUGUAAAGUCUGUGAUGCUCAACAGCUUGUUUCUCACCUUUUAGUUAUCUUGGGCCUAACCAAAUGCCAAGAUACCACCUGUAUCCCUCUCUCCCAACUUAGAGCCAACUGUGCAUCGAGGCUUAUGUCAACUAAGCUUAAACUUCCUCCAGAUCAGAGGAUUAACAGCAAAUAUUCAUAACAAGUAUCAUUCAUGUUUUCAAAACUGCCCUGUGGAUUGGGGAUAGGAAGAUGGGGUCAGGGGCAACCAAUAAGGAUAGGAACCCGAGUGUGGGCAGUAGGAGAAAAUGUAUCUUUUCAGAAGCACAUUGGGACUACUGAGUAUCUGACCAAAAGGAUUCCACAAUAUCCAAAGAAUCAACAUGUGGAGUCAAGACGCUAUGUUGUGAGUGGGGCCAGCCCGGUGGUGUAGUGGUUAAGUUUUUGCGCUCUGCUUUGGCAGCCCAGGGUUCGCAGGCUCGGAUCCCAAGUGUGUACCUACACACCGCUCAUCAAGCCGUGCUGUGGUGGCGUCCGAUAUACAAAAUAGAGGAAGAUUGGCACAGAUGUUAGCUCGCCAAAAAAAAAAAAAAAAACUAUAUUGUGAGUUAAUCACAAUAAGAAUUUUGUGAUAUCUCCUGUUUUCACCCAAAUCACCUUCUACUGAGUUCUUCAAAGGCUGAUAUAUUCUUCCUAGAUGCCUGAGUGUAUCUUACCAGCUUCCAGCUUUACCAGGCUGUGCUGAGAAUGGAUUCUGCUUGGGAUGAAAUCCCUGACUAUUAUUUUGUUCAGUCACCAGCGUAGCGUUCUCUUCUGUUCUCACAUACCUUUCUGCAUUCCUGCUUGAAGUACUGCAGCUGGCUAGGGACUUUGCAAACCAUAGGGCUCUCCUUUUAUCACACCCCUACAGUCUUCCGUUGCCUUCAUUGUCCCCUCAUUGCAGUCUAAUUUAAAACUUCUUCAGCUUUCCAAAAUCCUGUAGACUUUCUCCACUUAAUCUUUUCUAGCCUUUUAAAAUUUCCUUUUAAGUUAACCUUAUUUUUGUUACCUCCACAAUGCUAGUGAUUUCCUUUCCUCUCCUUAUCUUCAUUUGUCCUAAAUAUUUUCUAAUAGCCUUGAUCUUAAACACAGUUCAUUUUUUUUUUUGGCAUUUAACUGUUUCUUAUGUCAUGUGAAGAGAUAUAUGUGAAAACCUUUCACGAACCAGAGAGCAUUAUACACGUAUAACUUACCAAGAUUGACAAAGGACCACUGUGCCUCCUUUUACUCUUUCCGCUCCUUCUGAGCCUGAAAGACUUCUCUGUAGAGGAGGGAAAUAGUGUAGAAAAAUACUUUUGAGUGCCUGAUAACAAAAGGGAUAAAGCAUACGCACACACACACAUACAUACAUACUUGGGCUUAGGUUUUCAGUGUAAUCAAGUUGGUAAGACUUGCCCAUAAAUGGGGCAGUGCCAUGGUAAAUGCCUCGUGAGUGGUGAACUGAAGGCUGUGGAAGUUCUGAGGAGGGAAAAGUUACUUCCGGCUGUGUGCUGCUGUUAUUACACGGGCAAGGUGACACGUUAGAGAGCUGAAAAGACAGAGUUUGUCAAGUUUAGUGAAUAAGGCAAGUUUGAAGAGGUGAGUACAUUGUAGGGGCCUUCAGUGCCAGUGCAAGGAGUUUAAAUUUGAUUCACUAAGUACCAGCGAGCCACUGACAUUUUAUGAUCAAAAUAUUAUCUGGGAAACUAUCUGGCAGUAUGGUGUAAUUUCAAAUUAAAACAUUACUUUGCUUAUAGUCUUUUAGACACCCCACUUUUGUAUAAAACAAAGAUAUGUUUACAAAUAAGUGAAUUAUAAAAUGGAUUUAACUCUAGCCUAUUUAAAAGGAUGGUCAAAAAAUUAUUUUCAGAUGAACUUUGAUCAAGCAAAAUGAGCUGCUUAGUUAAGAUAUAAUCAGUGUAUAAAGUGGAAGAAAAUGCUGCUUUUCAUGUUUUUUGAAAUUGUUUUUAGGAAUUUUAGUAUUGAUUAGUCAGCCAUUCUACUUCAUUUCUCCAACUGAAGCAAUGCAGAAAUUCUCCAUUUUCUUUUUUCUCCCUUUGUGUAAAUAAGUAACUGGUUAUAGCAUAUUUUUUCUACUUGGGUAGAAUGAAUGAAUAGUUAAAAUGAAAAAAGCUUUUGGUGAAUAGCCCUCCUAGAUAUGUUCUUAAUUUUGGUAAAAAAGUGUAUAAUGCUGCAGAAGAUUCUGUUUCUCUGCUUUUUCCUUUAGUGGAAAAAAAAAAAGAAGUAGGCUUGACAACUUACCUCACAGGGUUGUGAGGAUCUGCUGAUACUAAUAAGAAGUGCUGUGUAAAUAGUCUGAAGAUGUUGACAUUGGUAGAGAAAUGGAGAUUAAACUUUUUGUUAGCCGAAACCUCUAUAUAUUGGAAUGACAAUUGUUUAAUAAUAAAGACUAUCUAAAAAAGUGUCCUGUAACUAUAUGACAGUGUUGAUCUUCUUAUCUCGUAACAAUGUCCCAAAUCAUCUGUGCAGUUCCAUCUCAAUUAUUCAUAAUGAGAACUUUAACUGCUAAGUAAACUCAAUUUAUCUACUUUUCUCUAAACACCCUUUUUAGCCUGUCUUUUGUUUUUCCUCAUGAUAGCCGAAAUUGGGUCUGAUGGCUUUAAAUGAGGAAACUUUUCUCAGCCAACUUUGUAUAGGUAGUAUCUAUUUUGUACAUUUCAAAUGGAGUUGCUGCUAAGAAACUGUUUUGGAAUGACUACUUUCCUGUGAACUUUUUUGUUAACAUAUCACUUUUGUUGUGGAAACAUCCUUUCAUUUCUGCAACUACUCACAUUUCUCAUUUCGUUUCUAGCAUUAGUAAUCUCCCCUUAUUUGUAACAUCGGUAAGACCUUGAAAUUUGAACAGAGCAGCAUGGGUCUCUUCUCCCAAUUAAUGGCUGAAUACUAUGAUAUAGUCCUGCCUGUUCUAUGUAUUUUGUUUAUCAGGAAUUGGGUCAUCAUCUAAAAAUCCUCUGCACACCUUUCCAUAUCCCUGUUUUUAUUCCAAUUUCUAAGUACUUCAAGAUUUUCAAGAGUCUAGGGAAAAAAAAUCCUAAUGUAACUUAUUUGUAUAAAAGUAAUAAAAUGUGGUCAUUCUUUCUGUCUGAGUGAAUUCUUAAACAGAUAACACAUGGCAUGAUUUCUAAGCUGUCAGAAAAUAACUAUAGUUUCAGGUAGCAACUAAAGCAUUAAAACUUUUAACCAUUUUCUCCCCUCUGCUCUCCUACCAGUUCUGCCCAUCAGCAUUGGGAGCCUGGGAAGUGGAAUUUGUAGCCUUCCAGACCCGCUUACAGCACAGGGUAUAGAAGGGCUGGUGAGGGGCUGAGACAUGAGAUAAAUGACCAGCUCACCAGUGGAUUCUCAGCACC